CCUGCUUGCACGGCGAGUAUAAAGUUCAGUUCUUAGGACAUUCUGUGAGAAUCCCCACAGCUUUUGUAAAGAUGUGCUCUGUGCAGCUCUUGUUGGUGCUUUUAAGCAUUACAGGAUGUGUCGAACUCAUCACAGUGACGACCACGCAGAAAUACGUCAAUGUGACAAUUGGUGGUAGUGUCCUGCUCGACUGUACGUUUGCCACUACAGUGGCGACAACUGCCGACCUAACAAUCCAGUGGGAGUUUCUCUCAAAAUCCGCCAUGACUGCACAGCAGAUCUUUUACUAUCAAUCAGGAAAGGUUGUUAUUCCCAAGUCUUACGAAGGCAGGAUUCAAACUCCAGCUGCUCCAGGGGCCACCAUGAAUGCCUCCAUAACUAUAAGAAACAUGCAACCAUCGGACUCUGGGCUCUACACGUGUGAAGUUCACAAUUUGCCCGACGUUGAUGGACAGUCUCAAGCAAAUAUCAUCGUGAAUGUCCUCGAGAAACCAUCUGCUCCUUACUGCGCCGUCCAUGGCAAUGUUGAAUCGGGUCACCUGGUCACUCUGACCUGCCACAGUGAGCAGGGAAACCCAACACCGACCUACAACUGGGCCAAACUGGAUCAGACCAAGACAAGGAGGCCUGUGCUGGGAAGAACAACCACAACUGGAAUACUGGAAAUCAAAAACAUCUCCCAGUUUGAGUUUGGGGAGUACCAGUGCAUUGCUACAAAUGUUGUGGGCUUUGCAACAUGCACCAUUGAGCUGAGUCCUGAAGUGGCAGAUGGGGUUAUCGCAGGCGCGGUUAUCGGAGCGCUGCUCGGGUGCGUGCUGAUCGGCCUGGUUGCGUGGUUCAUCGCUCACACAGUCAAGAAACACAAAUACAACGCUGUUAAAAUGGCAGAGGCCAACGAGAUGAAGGGGAGCUCUCCUCCAGCCCAGGAGCCCUAUGAGAGCAUUCCCAAUGCAAACACGGCUGACAACGUUCAGGAUGAGGAAGAAGGCCCUCAAGCCUAAAUGCCACUUUAAACAGCUACAGCAUUGCAUUAGCAUCACUAUUAUGUAUACCAGUCUUUGAUAUGGAGAGAAUUCAGAUGUAAUGAGAACAAUGGAGCUAAUCUUCGUGUUUGAAUUUGCAUUUUCUGUGCUUACUCAAAUUCUGUCAGUUUUACAGCUUU